AACCAACGCAUUAUCUCGUUAGUUUUGUUCGGGAUCAUCCAGCGAGUCACUCGUCAUGUCGGGAAACGUCUCGCUACUGUUCUUACAUUUAUUAGCCUUGUGUCAAUUAUGCUUUAUCGCAGAAGCCUUUUAUAUAUCAAGACAGUUACUGGAGGAGAAGCAAACUUGUGGAUACCAAUCAUGCCCAGUCAUUCAACCAGAUAAAUUAAAUAUACAUUUGGUUCCUCACUCACACGAUGACGUAGGCUGGUUGAAAACUGUCGAUCAGUAUUACUUUGGAAGUCGAUCUAAAAUACAGAAAGCCGGUGUUCAAUACAUACUUGAUAGUGCAAUCGAAGCAUUACUAAAAGACCGCGAUAGAAGAUUCAUAUAUGUUGAAACUGCAUUCUUUUGGAAAUGGUGGUCAAGACAAAACGAGAAUGUAAGAGACAAUGUAAAGAUGUUGAUAAACGAAGGAAGAUUAGAGAUCAUUGGUGGUGCCUGGAGUAUGAAUGAUGAAGCUGUCACUCAUUAUCAUUCUAUUAUCGAUCAGUUUACUUGGGGAUUUAGGAGGUUGAAUGAUACUUUCGGUAAUUGUGCUAGACCACAUAUAGGCUGGCAAAUUGAUCCUUUCGGACAUUCGCGAGAACAGGCAUCUUUAUUCGCGCAAAUGGGAUUCGAUGGUAUGUUAUUUGGUCGUUUGGAUUAUCAGGACAAGGCACAACGUUUGAAAGACAAGAGUAUGGAGUUUAUCUGGAAGGCUAGUCCUAGUCUUGGUGAUCGUGCCAACUUAUUUACUGCUGCAAUGUUUAACACUUAUAGUCCACCGCCUGGCUUUUGCUUUGACGUAUUAUGUAACGAUGAACCAGUGAUAGAUGAUCCUGAUAGCCCAGAUUAUAACGUUCAUACAAAAGUGGAGUUAUUUUUGGCGUAUAUACAAAUUCAAGCAAGAUCUUACAAAACUAAUAAUCUUAUCGUCACUAUGGGAGAUGACUUUAACUAUCAGCAGGCGGAAAUGUGGUUUGCCAAUUUAGAUAAAUUAAUCAAAUAUGGAAACGAAUUAAAUGGAUCAACGGUGAACCUAUUUUACUCUACACCAUCUUGUUAUUUGAAAGCGUUACACGAUGCAAAUAUUAUUUGGCCAACGAAAUCUGAUGAUUUCUUUCCUUAUGCAAGCGAUCCUCAUGCUUAUUGGACAGGAUAUUUUACUUCAAGGCCAACGAUAAAAUAUUUCGAAAGAAUGGGAAACAAUUUGUUACAAGUGAGCAAACAACUAUCCGUUUUGGCGAAUUCGAAGGAAAACGAGGAAGAAUUAGAGCAUUUCCGUGAAGCUAUGGGAGUCAUGCAACAUCAUGAUGCAGUUACUGGAACAGAGAAACAAUUGGUUGCAAGUGAUUAUUCUCGUUUGUUAUACGAGAACAUAUUCAAUAACGAAAAAAUGGCUGCUAAAUCUCUUUAUCAUUGGGCCAAUAAAAUAAAUAAUUCCAAUGACGACUUCCAAAUGCACUCUUGUUUGGAAUUAAACAUCAGUGCUUGCGCAUAUACCGAAGAUAAUGCAAAUUUCGUUGUAACAGUAUACAAUCCUUUGAGUCGACCAAUUUCUUCUUAUAUUCGUCUUCCAGUACGAGGAAAUUCCUACAAUGUCUGGGAUACAAAAGAGAAUCUCGAGAUCAUCUCUCAAAUAAUACCAAUACAUGAUAGAGUACAACAAAUACCUGGAAGAAAAAGUAAAGCAACGAAAGAAUUAUUGUUCCGUGCUAUUGAUUUACCAGCAUUAGGUUACAAACGUUAUACAAUAAGUGCAAAACCUGAUACAGAAGAAACAUUUAUUGAACCUACAAAUUCCAUAGAAGGAGAUCUCUAUACGAUAACCGUUGACGAAUCUGGUCAAAUAGUUUUUCAAAAUAAGCAUGACAAGGAAGUAGUCUUUGUUCAGUCUUUUCAUUAUUAUGAAUCAGCAGAAGGUAAUAACAAAGUAUUUGAAAAUCGAUCAUCCGGUGCUUAUAUCUUUAGACCUAGGACAUCAUCCACCUUUAAUUUACCAUACGAAGGAAAAUACUCUGUCAUUAAAGGUCCUCACGUAGAAGAAAUUCAUCAAACAUUCAAUCAAUGGAUCAGCCAAGUUGUCAGAGUUUAUAAAGAAGAUAAUCGUAUGGAAUUCGAAUGGCUUAUUGGUCCUAUUCCUGUCGAUGACAAAAUUGGUAAAGAAAUAGUGACGAAAUAUUCGAGUUAUCUAAUAUCUGGGGAUGAAUUUUAUACGGAUAGUAACGGUCGAGAAAUGUUAAAACGUAAGAGAAAUUACAGACCUACUUGGAAUUUAAAGUUGCAUGAACCUAUAUCUGGAAAUUAUUAUCCUGUCACGACGAAAAUCUCUUUGAAGGAUAAAAUAAAGCCAAUGAAGUUCUCUAUCUUUACUGAUCGUUCCCAAGGAGGUACCAGCAUGAAAAAUGGAGAAUUGGAAUUAAUGCUUCAUAGAAGAUUACUAAAGGAUGAUGCAUUCGGUGUCGAAGAAGCUUUAAACGAAAUGGCCUACAAUACAGGUCUGGUUGUACGUGGUACACAUUGUAUCUACCUUAGCAAUACAAACAAUCUCGACUCCUUUUCGAUAAAAGAGAAAGAGAUACCAUUAAACUUAGCACUUCGUCCAUCGAUCUUCAUUACGAUUCCCUCUAAAACAAAUAUUGAUCAUUGGCGUAACGCUGAUAUAAUGCCAAUAGAAAAAUCAGGACUGUCUAAAAACUUGCCACCGAACGUUCAUAUUCUCACAUUAGAACCUUGGAAAAAUGGAACUGUCCUAUUACGACUUGAACACAUAUUCGAAGUUGGUGAAUCUAAGGAAUUUUCUGUACCUGUAGACAUUGAUAUUAAAGACUUAUUUACAUCAUUCACGAUAACGUCGAUAAAAGAAACAACAUUAGGUGCAAAUCAAUGGUUACAAGAUAGCAAUCGUUUGAAGUGGAAUCCAGAAAUAAAUGAUAUUCUAAGCAAUAGGGAAGAGAUUUUCACACCUAUCAGAAUUCAAAAAGAAGCAAUCAAUGUACAUUUAAAACCGAUGGAAAUACGUACGUUCAUCUUAGAAGUGUCAUAUCAUUAGCUUUAAUUGCAUUACUAUACAUAUUCAUAUAUAUGUAUAAAUACAUAUACAAAUGAAUGAAAUACAUGUAUAAAAAAAGGAA